AUGACAUCCACUUUAACCGCUCACAUAGUGGACCCGUAUUUACCGGAAACGCCAAUUGCCAAUGUGAUCCGGGAUGUAAUCACCGGCAAUGAGCGCGCCGGUAGGCUGGAGGAGGCCUUCUACGUGGUGGACGUGGAGAACAUCAUCGAAAAGUACCGCAAACUCCUUAAAUACAUGCCGCGAAUGAAACAACACUACGCCAUAAAAGGUAAUCCCUCGCCCAUAGUACUGGAAAUACUGGCCGGAAUGGGAAUCAGUUUCGAUUGUGCCUCCAGGGGCGAGAUUGAGACUAUACUGAAACUAGGCGUUAGUCCGAACCGAAUUAUAUUCGCCAAUCCAGUCAAAGCCCGUUCGCAUAUAACGUUUGCCGCAGAGGUGGGCGUCACAAAAAUGACGUUUGACUCCGAGUACGAACUCUAUAAAAUACAGCGCAUGUAUCCCGGCGCUGACAUGGUGUUGCGCAUACUUGUAUCAGAUAAAUCCGUUAAAUAUCCCCUGGCCAAGAAACUUGGUGUAAACAUAAUUGGUACUAGUUUCCACGUGGGCAGCCUAUGUCAGUCCGGUAAGGCAUAUGCCAGGGCUAUCCGCGAUUCUAGAUAUGUGUUUGAUCUGGGUAAUGAGUUAGGCUUCAACAUGCAUCUACUAGAUAUUGGUGGUGGUUUUUCGGGAACCACCACUAGUUUAAAUAAAACUUCGAUCGACAUGGCGCAGACUGUUUCAAAAGCCCUGGAAUAUUAUUUUCCGGUUUUCAACCAGACAACUGAUUUCACCGUUAUUUCGGAAUUUGGACGAUACUAUGUGGACACGGCGUACACAUUGGCCGACGUAAUAGAGGGCAAAAAGCGUGUCAUUCUGGACGACGUCAAGAGUAAUAUCCGCAACGAAAUGAUGUACUAUAUUAUGGACGGUGUGCACCAGUCGUUUAGGGAAGUCUUAGUCAAAAAUGAUUUCCAUGAUCCCAUUCCCCUCGACCCCCAUAACCCAAAUGAGCCCCUAUAUAAUACCACACUAUGGGGUCCGACUUGCGAUAGCGUGGACGCCGUCCGAAAGGGUUUUUGGCUACCGGAGCUGAGUAUCGGUGAAUGGAUCUACUUUGAUACUAUGGGCGCCUAUACCGUGGCCGAAGGUGGCGAGUUUAAUGGGUUUAAAGUACCAAGGCAAUUGUUUUUUGUGUCCGAGAGAGCCCGACAAACGAUUAACGCAAUGAAUAAUCGGGAUAUGAUUUUUGCAAUAUUGGCUACCGGUGCUAUACCUACUGAAGAACUAGUAGAUGUCGAUCUCCAUCAAUCUCGUACUCCCUUUGCCUCCUGUUCUCUUCCCUUACAGUUUCCAUUCAUAUAA